AUGUCGUGGGCGGGAUUCAAGAAGAAUGUGAACCGCGCGACGACGCAGGUGAUGAUGAAGACGGGGCAUGUGGAAAAGACAAACGAUCGCGAUUACGAGGUCGAAGAGAGGCGGUUCAAGACGAUGGAAACAGCAGCACUGCGGCUGCAGAAAGAAUCAAAGGGCUACUUGGACUCCUUGAGAGCCAUGACGGCUUCACAGAUGAGAAUCGCCGAGACGAUAGAUGCGUUCUACGGCGACUCGGGUGCCAAGGACGGCGUUAGCAGGAGCUACAAGCAGGCUGUCGAAGACCUCGACGCCGAAACCAUCAAAGCCCUCGACGGCCCUUACCGAAUGACGGUGCUCGACCCCAUUGCCCGAUUCUGCGCCUACUUCCCCGACGUCAACGAAUGCAUCAAGAAGCGCUCGCACAAGCUUCUCGACUACGAUGCUCUCCGAGCCAAGGUGAAGAAGCUGGUCGAAAAGCCGGACAAGGAUGCUACGAAGCUGCCGCGGACGGAGAAGGAGUUGGAAAUGUCAAAGGCCGUGUACGAGCAGCUGAACGAGCAGCUCACCACCGAGUUGCCGCAGCUGAUUGACCUGCGUGUCCCCUACCUGGAUCCCAGCUUUGAAGCCCUGGUCAAGAUCCAGCUGCGGUUCUGCGCAGAAGCCUACUCGCGUAUGGCGCAAGUACAGCAAUACCUGGACGCGGACACUCGAGAUUUGUACGCAGAAGGCCACCUCGAUGCAAGGGUGGAGCAGGUGCUGCAGGAGAUUCGGGAGCUGAGUAUCAGCGGAACGGUGUAA